AAAAUCUUAAUUUUUCUUAAGGUUUCUCACUCAUAUUGUUGGGAAUGACCUAAUGAAAGUAAGAUAUUCUUGUCCUGAAACGAAUGAGUAAAUCUAUUCUCUAAUCAUCCUUCAAUAGAUUUCGUUGUUGCACAUAAAUAACUGUAAUAAAAGAAUAAAACACUAGCAUUAUCGUGUAUAAAAUACUCAAAGCUACACGUGGUAAAUUGUUAUUUUUCAUUUAUUGGGAUCUUACUUCAGGCUUGUCACAAUUAGUUAUGAUUAUAUGUCUAAAGUGAUAUUUAAAAGAAUCAUUACAUUGGGCAGUAAUAGGACUGAAUGCUUCUUAGUGUGAUAGCUGCUCGAACACUUCUCCCUGACAAUCCUUAUUGUCUGAUAACCUCACAUUCUUACAUGUAUUAAGUUUCAUUGUGAGGGUUAAGUAUUUCAUAUAUUGAACUUAUUUGACUAUACCGUUCAUUAUGGAUUCUGUUUCUCACCAUGACUCAGUAGUAAUUUGAGGAUUUAAAUACAUUCAAGUAGUUAUUAUCGCGAGAUGUUCUUUGGAAAUUAACCAUGUAUUAAUUUAACCAAUAUAUUAGUCUGAUAAUUUCGUUAUGUUUACAUUCUUUAUAGGUCCGAUGCCGAUUUCAGUGGAUAGAGAACGCCGUGCGAACGCCGGAGCCCGGAUGGCUCGGUUGUUGAAUGAAGAGGAGGAGGAUGAAUUCUAUUCCAAUAUUUAUGGUGGAUUUGCAGAAGAAGAAGAAGAUGCAGAUUAUCAAUCAGAAAGUUCAGUUGAAGAUGUAAUUGACUCUGAUUUCGCUGAUGAAAGCAGUGGAUCUGAUGAAGAUGACGCAACAGCAAUAGCAUCGGACGAUGAUGAGAACAAACGCCAAAAGCGUCAAUCUAAUCGUGUUGUUACAAAAGGUUACAAAGAACCUAAACGUGCUAAAAUUACUCGUCCUCAAGAAAAUAAAUUACCUGAUAAGAAGGCUAAUAGUGAUAAAAGUUUAACUGAUUCUCAGAGUAAAUCUACCGUACAGAUUAAAGAUAAGCAACAACAGAUAACAAUAACAAAGAAAACUUCAGGGCAAAUUUCAACUUAUGAACGACCAGAAUUACGGGCAAGCACAUUACAAGCUACAGCUGAUCAAGAAGCCGAAACCACGCGUAGACGAAUAGCCACUGCUGAGAAUACAGCUGUUCGUCGUAAAGCGUUACUAGCUGAAAUCGCUCAGCGCAAAAAUCUUCCGGAAGUUCGGCGUUUAACUCAAGAAGAAUUGUUGGCUGAGGCAAAAAUCACGGAAGAAAUCAAUCGUCGUUCUUUAGCUCGAUAUCAACGCCUAGAAAUUGAAAAGAAAAAAGCACGCAUUCAAAAAACGGUCAAUUCCACUCCAAUGAUUCGUUAUCAUUCAUUUACUGUUCCAAUUAUCGAGGAACAGCACAAUAUAUACGGAGUGUUAGCUAGUAAUGAUGAUGAGUCAUCUAUUCGAGCUGGUCCGAUAAUUACAGAUCAUUCAGCCAAAUGUUCAAGAAAUCUAAUAACGUUUGCUAAUGAUGCAUGUUUUCGUGAUUCAAUGCCUGAAACAGUCACUCCACUUCCAGAACCUGGUUACCCUGCUCCUACUCCUAUACGCCCAGAGCGUCGUUUACGUAUAUGUCCAAUUACUGGUUUACCAGCACGUUAUUUAGAUCCAUUAACUUUAACACCAUAUGCUAAUUUAGCAGCAUUUCGUGUACUUCGACGCUUAUAUUCUGUACAUUUAGAAACAAAAAAACCACCAAUAGAAUUGUUACGUGAAUAUCGGCAUGGUCGUUAACAUUUUGUCUACUUUCGUAUACAUUAAUCAAAACUAGAUGAUGUUGUAUAUAUUGUGUUAGCAAUUUAAAGAUUUCUUGAUUUUAAAAACAUGCUUCAGUCCAAUCUGUACAUCACUAACAAGUCCCUAUACAUGUACAUGAUCAUCUUUAACUUAUUCAUAUGUUUAUUUUUAAGAGGAUAUUCUUAUACAUGCUCAUUUACAAAUCAAUGUUUCAACAUUCAUGUUUGCGUUAUUCCUUAGCUAUAAAUGUACCUUACUAAUCAACAUGUUUCGCAUACUUGUAUUGUUUAUUGUCAAAGGUAUACUCGUACAGGUGGCACUGUUGACCUUCAGGAG